AUCGACUGGUUGUUGACCACUGUGCUAGACUAACCUCUCUCUCUCCCUCUUACCCCAGGCACGUUGAAGAGGAGGAGAGCCCAGCAGCACGCCAGGGAGGCCCAGGUGCACCAGUCCCAGUCCCACCACGGAGAUGUCAGUCACGGCCAGCACCACCCUGUCUCUGGGGGCCAGCGGCAGCAGCCCUCCCGCCAGCCCCAGCCCUGAGACACUGAGCUGCUGAGACACUGGGGUUCGGGGUGGGAACGCUGCUCCCGCCAUCGACUGCUCCUUGCCUUGCCUUGGCUCCUCCUUGUGCCUAUCUAUGUCACUGCUGCGAUUGAGAUUUGAACCCAUUUGUUGGUAUUUGAACCCAUGUCUUCAGGGUGAAAAUCCCACAUCUUAACCAUUAAACCUAGAGGGUUUUCUUAGAUGUUUCAUGAUUUAGGAUAGAUGGAAUUGAGGGAAAGAAAAGGGAACAACACUUUUUUAGUUUUUACACACUUUUUUAGGAUGUCCUCUUUAUCUAAUGGUUACGGCGUUGUGUUGCCACGUGGGAGACCCGGAUUCAAAUCCCACCGGUUUACACCUAACAGUGGGAUACAACACGUGCUUCACUCCGCCCAAAGAACGGCCUAAACUGGUUGUUUACCAUCCCCAUACGUCAGACCCUCCAUCUACAAACAGACAAACAGGACGGAGUUGAGAGAGCUCAAAUAAAGACCCCCUCCAAUGACCACCACUGGAGCUGAAGACCUCUGACCUCUUCAGUCUUCAUCCAGCUGUUUUCUGGGGCUCUCGCUGUGAGAGUGAGAUCCGCCAUUUUAGUUGACCUUCCUCCAUUUUGUCAUUCUGUGGAGUGGAAGUGACCAUCAGACAUUGCAAAAAAAAUGUUUUAAUGGAGUUCCAAGGAGUGGAGGAAUGGUUCCAUCACAUGUAGAUUUAGUCACGGGUUUUUUUUUCUUUCCAUUUGCAAAGUCCCUCCUCCUGAGUGAGAACAAACAUAUGUUCCAAGGCUCCUGGUUGGUUGAAAUGUUUUGUCAGCAAUCUUAGCCAGAAAUUAAAGAGAUUUGCUGGACUUGUGAUUACGACACAACGUUUCAAACUCAACAGCAAAAAGACACAAGGCUCUUCUCUUUGUUUCUCCGUGCAGACUCUCUAACCUGUCUGUCUGACCUGUCUGUCUGACUGACUGUCUCUGUCUGUAAAGAUUUCAGUAUAACAUGAGUGAAAAAACACAACUAUUUCUUCUACUGUAAAUGUACAUAUGAUUCUUUACUGUUUUUGGUUAGUACUGUACUCUCAGGACAGUAACACAAAAGAAGGUAUCUGAAAGAGUAUAUGGCAUCCAGGACAUAGCCUCGCUGUUCAACGUGAUCAUCAUUCUGCUGAUGAUGUUUAACACGUCCGUGUUCCAGGUCGCUCUGCUACUGGAGAGGUUUAAAGGCUCACUGAUGCUGUGUGCCAUCUACCUCACCCUCAGCAUCUCCUUUCACUGCUCGGUAGUGAGCCUGAGAUGGCUGGAGUCCAACAGUUUGACCUGGACAAACGUCCUACAGGUUCUCUCUGUCUUCCAGAGGGUCGCUGCAGUGUUAUAUUACUACUUCUACAAACGGACGACAGAGUGUCUGGGCGACCCGCGGCCGUAUGACGAUUCUGUCUGGCUGAGGGAUUCCUUCGCCAGAGCUCGUCAGCGAGGAGGGAGGGACUGGAGGAUCUAGUACCAAGUGAGGUCCGCCAGACUGGUGACAGACUUUCACUACCUGGGUGGGUCAUGUUCAUUUGACACCAGAAGAAAACUGACAUGGAGGGACUAUCUGGCCUUGUCCAAUAAGAAACGCCCAUMGUUUUCAGUUUCAAAACAUUUUGCUACGGUGUGCCCUACUGAACACGACCCUGGASUAGGAUAGAGKUAGGAGAAAGAGUGGUCCAUCCUGGUAGUUUCUCAAUCAAGAUGCUCCACUAAUAUGGACUAGUGUUGUUACUAGAGGCAGAUGACACUAAAGGACAAUCUCAGGUUUUCCUCCAAUGGAUUUAAAAAAAACAAAUGCACAAUGGCAAUUAAUCUUCAGUGUUUAAACUAAAAUGUGAUACGUCUCACUCCUAAAUGGAACCUAUAUAGUGCACUACUUUAGACAGGCCCUAUUCCUAUAUAGUGCACUACUUUAGACCAGAACCCUAUUCCC